AUGGGCAUCUUCUUUGUCAGCUGGGCACUCUGGGAGGAGAUGACUUUUGUCCUCGCUUGCGCCAUUGCCGUCGUCUUCCUCAUCGGCCUGUUCAAACUAUGGCGCACCAGCCGCCAGGUCCGCCGCCAGGAGAUCAUUGACGAGGAGAAACGUGCCCGCCUCACCGAGAUGCGCAAAGUCGGCAUGUCCUCAUCACCAACCGCUCGAUCUGCCGCCGCCGCCCGCAAGCAGCGCACCAACAGCGACAUUCCCUUUGGCAUACGCGCCAUCCAGACCGGUGUCGAGGUCGACGGUAUUUGGAUCUCACGUCCGACGACGCCAAGCCGGAGCUCGUCAAAGACGAAAGCACCUGGGCAGACCGGGCGUUCUUCCGGUCAACAGACAGGCCUCGACACCCCCUCGAACGUGUCGACACCCCUUCCCCAAAUUUCCGAAGACGACACGACAUUGAGCACGCACUUGUCGACGGUGGCCCCCUCAAGCCCCGCAAGAAACACAAGGCCGGUGGCGGCCAGCGGGCCCCUCAAUGAAGAGGCCCUCCGACGGCUCGAAGGCGCUUACUCGCACAAGUCGGCCCACCGAAGCGUGCCGACCUCGCCCGCCGGCACCGCCGCUGCAGCCCCUUUGUCCACGACGAUCGCACCCCAGCUCAACACGUACAUUCCCAGCUCGCGCAUGUCCAGCCCGAGCCCGAGCUCUAGCAUCAACCGACACCGCGGUCCUACCCCAGCGGCAGCGGUUGGAAGACUGGCCAACUACCAAUUGCCGCCGCCACCAGCUGCUCAGCAGCAGCAGCAGCAGCACCUUCAACGCACAUCCACGGCGUCGGCCGACUCGCUGUCAUCCAUGAGCGUCGGAGCGGCAGGCGGUAGCGGCCCCAGCAGCCAUGGCGACCGCAGUAUCCGUAGCAACCGCAGCAACCGCAGCAACCGUAGCACGAGCAGCCGCAGCAGCACCUCGUCCGCGUCACGGUAUCCAGUGAUCGCAACGAUACCAGCCGACAAGUCAUAUUACCACCGCGCCGCCGCCCAAGACACGGCCGGUCCUUUUAGAACGUCUGAGGCUGCGGCUGCGGCUGCAUACACGCCCAUGUUGAUAGCCGCCCCCGGUACGGCUCUGGCCAACCGUCCCGCCCGCAAGGUCAACGCGGCUGUUGAGGUCUUGCCGGCCGGGACGUUUGGACCUACGGUCACGCCCUACACGGACGAAGACAGGGACGGUAACGAGACGAUGCUGGACGGGCGUCGUCGACUCGUACGGGACUCCGGACGCGCAUCGCACUCGACGCCCCGUUGGGCAUGA